AGAAGAAUCUUCUGGGAGCUUCUCACUUUAGUGAUUGCAGUUUUCUGGCAUCCGCUUCAGUAGUAUUCGACCCGGCUCCAUCUUCAGUCUUCACCCUCAGGCCUUAGGAAAUUCAGGCUCCGUCCCUGAUUGUUCUCUUCUUCCGGCUAAAUGGCUGUAGAUAUGUACUCGGAGCGGCCACUCUUUGGUGGCGCCAUCGCUUCUACGUUCCCUGUCCGCUUCCAGGACGUCAGUAAUGUGCGCCAAGUUCCCGAUCAUCAGGAGGUGUUUGUGGACCCUGCGCGGGAUGAGAGUUUGAUUUUCGAGCUCCUCGAAUUGAAACAGGAUGUGGCGGAUAACGGAAGUGCCACCUGGUUUCUUCAGGACCUUGCGAAUGAGCAAGACGCUGAGGGAACCAUGUUAAUCGAGCAGUCAGGAGUGGUUGAGGCUCCUGGGCUGUCCUUCCAGACCUUGCCUGCCAUCAUUACUACUGCUGUUGGUCAAAUGGCCAUAUCUAAGGGAAGGCAAGGGAGGGAGGCACAAAACUUGGUCAAGGUCUAUUUGGCAAAUGUGCGUCUCAAGGAAGUGACUACAGAUAUUCUGAUCACUGCAUAUGAGCCUAUUGUGAUAAACUCGUUGAGUGAAAGUGCAAGCUCAGUCGGAGCUGGUGUAGCUGUUCCUGCUGCGCAAGCUGGAUGUAUGCCAAUGGCCGAGGUUUUUAAACUUGCUGUUUCCACCUUCAAAGUGAACGAUUGGAGAUUUUUUGGUGCUGCUUGAGGUUGAAUGCUCAGAAGAUUCAUUUCCAGUGGUGAGGUCUUGCAUCUUUCAUAAAACCAAUGUUGUAGAGUAAAUUUUUUUUUUUUUUUUUUUUUUUUUUGGGUUAAUAUCAGGUUAAUUUUUGGUUGUGAUAGAAAGUUGCAAGGGCUCAAAUAUUGAGUCUAGUUCUAUCAAAUAUUAAGCUUUACAUUUUCAACAUUCUUUUUCUCCCUCAAGCUUUUUGAUCAAAUAUAUACUUUCCUUACCUGCAAA